AGUAAAUACGGAGGGUUCGUUUUAGCUUAUCUAGACUUGUUCCCCACUGUUCAUCAAUAGUUUCAUCAUGUCAUCAGAAGCCACCAGCAAACCCUUGUAUCGAGACAUUAGCGCAGAGGAUGAAGAUCCAGAAAUAGUGGAAAUUGAAAGUUACUGUGUAAACUGUGAAAAGAAUGGAAUUACUCGGCUGUUUCUAACAAGGAUCCCGUUCUUUAAAGAUGUGGUUGUUUCCUCCUUUACAUGUGAUAACUGUGGUCUCCACAACACGGAGCUCCAGCCCGCAAAUAAAAUACAGGAGAAGGGAGUAAAAUAUGUCUGCACAAUAAACAAUAUCAAGGAUCUAAACCGACAAGUAGUGCAGACAAAUCAUGCAACUAUAUCCAUUCCAAAGUUGGAAUUUGAGUCUCCACCAAACAAAGGAGUACUAACAACUGUUGAAGGUGUAAUAGACCGAGCUGUGGAGGGCCUUUCUCAGGAUCAACCUGUUCGUAAAAUUCAACAUCCAGAAGUGGCAGAAAAAAUUGAUGUCUUCAUAGAAAAACUAAAGGAGCUAAAAGAAGUAAAGGAACCAUUUCAGAUUAUUUUAGAUGACCCCAGUGGAAACAGCUUCAUUGAGAAUCCAUAUGCUCCUAACAAAGACAAGGACAUGACCAUUCACCACUAUGUCAGGUCUCGGAAACAGGAUGAACAGCUGGGCUUACUGGAGCAAGAAAAAGCUGAGGAAGAACCUGAACUAGAAGAAAACAAAGAUGAAGCAAAGAAAGAAGACAUAUUUGAUGGCAAAACUGAGGUGGCGAGUUUCAGGACUAACUGCCCAGAAUGUAAUGUGCCAUGUGACACAAAUAUGAAACUAGUUGAUAUUCCACAUUUCAAAGAAGUGGUGAUCAUGGCUACAACAUGUGAUGCUUGUGGUCACAAAGACAACGAAGUUAAGGGAGGAUCAGGAAUUGAACCUAAGGGAACCAGAAUUACGUUAAAAAUCACGGACCCUUCUGACAUGUCCAGAGAUGUCUUAAAGAGUGACACGGCCUCCAUGGCUAUUCCGGAGCUGGACUUCGCAGCUGAAAUGGGGACUCUGGGAGGAAAAUUCACGACCUUGGAGGGACUUCUGGUGGAUAUAAAAGGUCAGCUAAGUGGGUCCAAUCCAUUCUUUACAGGAGAUAGCUCUGAUAAACAGAGAGCCAAGAAAAUCGAGAUAUUUUGCCAGGAAAUACAGAAGAUUAUAUCCGGAGAGAGACUAGGUGACCAUUUUGUCCUAGAUGACCCUGCUGGCAAUAGUUACUUACAGAAUGUCUACGCCCCUGAACCAGAUCCUGAGAUGACAGUGGAACAUUACGAGAGAAGUUACGAACAGAACGAGGACCUGGGACUUAAUGACCUGAAAACGGAAAAUUACGAAACAUCAUGACCUUUACUCACUUUUCUCCAGUGAGGGAACAACAAAACAUCGGUGUCACUUAAACCAUAAAGUUAUCUGGCUCUGACUGUGGGGGAUGCUGGUAACUCAUAAAAAGGGAGGAAUGAUUGCAGUGAGAACCGUAGGGAAUAUUCUCAUUGUGUUGGUUAUUUAUCAGCAUUUAUCCUCAUUCUAAUAUCAAUGAUUAACAAAGCAAGUUUGUUUGAUAUUAUUUAAUGAACAUUUUUGAACAAUGUACAUAUUGGUGUGGAGCAGCCUUUGUAUUAUUGUAGUCAAUAUGUACAUAAUAGUGUUGUAAAUCUCACCAUUACUGUUCUCAAUACAUUGUGAUCAUCAAUAAAAAGAUAAUGCAGCAAUUUUGUGACAGUACUUUUUAUUAUACUCAUAUAAAUGGAUGAUUCUGUCCACUCUAAUUCAGUACUUGAACCUUGUAUAAAUGUUAUACAGAAUUAAAUGAUAUGAGGUGAAUACAGUCAUAUAACAACUCACAAAUCAGAAUGGGGUGAUGGUUAUAAUUUUCAAAAUAAGCUAAAAGAUUGAAUUCACCAAAUAACAACUUGGAAUUUGUCUUAUUGUAUGAAUGCAUUGUUUUGUCAUUUUUCUUACCACACUGAUAAAUGAAAUAUGAAAGUCUAGAAGAGCAUUUGAAGUAUUAUACUGUAUGUUAUCAUGAUGAAUGUCCCUGCUAAUGAAAUGAUGAAGAUCGCACAAAUUUUGAGUGUGCUGAUUAAUGUAUGUUUACAAUAUAUAAUAUGAAAAGAAAAGGUUGUGGUUGCCUCCUUUACUUUAGAUUUGGUUUUCCUUUUCUCUUCAGUGGUGUGAAUUUCCAAGGCUAUCCAAAAACUACAAUGUUUCAAGGGAAAUUAAAAGAUUUUAAUUACUUUUUAAGGUCAAUAUAAUAAUCAUUGAAUUUCGAAAUGCAGUUUUCACCCAUUCUGACAGAAAACAAAAUGAUGCUUGCUAUUUUGAAUUAAGAAAUUGUUAAUGUGAUAAUAUUAAGUUUGUUGCUGGCUUUUAGAAGAUCAGUCUUAGUUUUUUUUAAUGGACACACACAGUCUGUAUAUAAUAUAAAGUAUAAUGUUAUAAAUUUUUAACAGAAAAUUUUUUUUUAGGUCACCUGAGUCACUCAGGUGACCUAUUGCUAUCCGUUUUUGUCCGUCGGCGUGCGAUGUGCGUUAACAUUUGAACAUUUUCAGCUUCUUCUCUGAAACCGCUCAACCAAUUUCAACCAAAUUUGGCAUAUAGCAUCUAUGGGUGAAGGGGAAAAAAAUUGUGAAUUUCAUGGUCCCUGCCCCCCUGGGGCCUGAGGGGUGGGGCUAAAACCACCAAAAAUAAUGCAAUCUUUAAAAAUCUUCUUCUUUACUCCUGUACAUCAAGCAGUCAAACUGUUGGCAUCAUUGUAAUAAGCAUUGAGCCCUCU